AGCCUAGAAACACUACACAGCAGAGAGGCAAAGGCCCCACAGAAACUUCAGCUGACUGUCAAGCUCAUUUCAACCUGUGGGAGCACCCUUCUCAGCUGGUCACAGGCAUACAGCUGACAGACAUCAGUUGGAGCUGAGGGCCCGUUAGCCUUACCAGCAGGAGCUGUGCUACAGGCAUGGCACUGUGUUGCCCAGUUCAGGAGCCAGUGGACAAGGGAGCAGACUUGGAGCACCAGGGAAGAUGAACAGCAGAACAUAACCAGGGUUUUUGUGGAGACCUUGUGGUGGAGGCAAGUGAUUAAACCAUGGAGUGAUUGUAAGAAGGGGAAGCUGAGGAUCAUAGAUGGGCAGCUGCUGAAUGGAGAUUCCCAGUGUGGACAAAGCUUGUGACCUCAGGCAGCAGAAGAAAGGCUUCUUCACUGGCCUUAGGUAUGCAAUUUCAGAAUUGUUUUGAUGCUGUUGGAGACAAAGAAAGGAUUGAGGUACAUUAGGGGAGGGCUCAGAGCCAGUUUAAAGCCACAGCUUUAAGCUAGGUUUGUUUACGGAUGGCAAUAACAGACCAUCACUGAGUGUGAGAACACAGGUCAUUGGUGCUAAGUACUGGGGCAGGCUGACAGGAGGUGGCCCUUGUGGAAGCCACCAAAGGCUGAAGAGGGUCCACUUCAAGUGCCUGAACACAAGUUCACAGGCAGGAAAAGACCAGGAGGAGUGAGAACUCUGUGUGCAGAGGCAAAAUACAGUGAAGGUGUGAUGGGAUGGUACAUGUGGCUGCAGCUGCUUGGAUGCAGGGAGCCCUUUGGAAGGGGGGUCAGCAGGCUGAUACAGAGCCUUGUGAUGUAGGACAUAAGAGACACCACAACAGGUAAGUAUCCUGCUGAGGAGUUGGAUUAGGUUACCCAGUUGUCAUGAAGAAGUGGGUAGAGUUGUCUUGAAGCAUCUCAAGGAACUCCAAAGUUGCAAACCAUGGUUAUUACAGGGGACUUUAAGUUCUCUGACCAGUGCCAGAAAGCUACCACAAGGGAUCUUGGAGGUUUCACAAGGGAAUGAGAAACAACUGAACCGGCACCAGACUGGCCAACAAGGUUGCUGCUCCUGGAUCUGCUGCAUGUGGCUUUUUCCUUGUAUUUUCCCCAUUCCCUGUUCCCAGAGAUGCACUCAGACUGGGAGGGAGGGGUUAACUCCAAAGAUCCCACUACAGUGGUUUAGCAAAGUAUUUCAUGAGAAACGCUGUUACUGGUGUGGUUCUGUGGGCCAGCUACUGACUCUUUACCAGAGUUGUACAGAUCAGGCUUGAUCAACACACAAGGAAGCGUGACAAUUUCAUUACUUUUGGCACCCAGCAGCUCCAGGUGACAGUACAUCAGCAAAAAAUCCCGGGUAGGUAUGAGACAAAUGUACUGAUCAGUAAACAGCAUAGAUUUGAACAAGAUGCCAACUGUAGAGUGGAGGCUGGACCGGAAAGCGAGAGAGAGGAUGGCCAUAACAGAAAUAGUUUUACUUUGUUUUAAACACUGAACUGAAAGCUAGUAGAUGUUUUUAGUAUUUGUUUUCUCUGCUGCUCCAGGGCUGAGAGCUGUAAGCGUAAGAGUUCAUUGCCAUUGAUCGUGGCCUCUUCAAGCAAUUAUUGAUUCAAACUGAUUUUAAUAGAACCUGAACAAUACAAGGAUCUGGCCUGUAUGUAACCUCCUCUCUAUUGAUGAGGCUGCGGCCCCUGGCUGGUGCCUUCCACAGCGGUUGUCAUCUCAUCUGUUUGACUUUGGUUUUCAGCAGUGCAAAGAGCAUGAGGAUUUGCUGGGUUACUGUGGGGCCUGGAACUCUGCGCCCUACGAGCUGAAGGUGCUGGGAAACCCAAGUGGUGCUGCGUGGGGUCACGAGAUGGCGCCUGCCGCUUCCAGGCUGUGUGCGGGCAUGCAGCCUGCAACGUGACUGCUGUCAUUACUUUAGGUAUUCUGAAUCAGGUACAGAGUGCUUGAGCUGGUUCUCAUGCAAAGUCUGCUUAGAGCACUGUGAGCAAGGCUUUCUUAGAUUGCCAGCGUGCGUCAAUAAUUUCAGUAUUUUGGUCCUCUAAAAUUGUUUCUCUACGCUUUCCAAUUGACUCUAAGGGCUGUCACGUGUAAAUGCUUCGUGGUGUUGUGUUACAGAGAUGAGACCUUAGCUACGAAUAAGAAAUAUCCAGCAGCAACUUAAAUUUGGAGAGGGACCUGUGUCUUUUUUUCCCUUCUAAAUUAACUUCUCUCAGCUGCCAGUUUUUCAGGCUGGGUUUUAGUUGUCUCGAAUCGUUCCUUUCCCAUUAAGUGGUAUAGCUGAUUCCUCAGCAUUCUUCCUGCAUUGUGAGGCACAGCUGUGGGUUAUUAGGGGGUUAAACAGUAAUUUCUUUUGGUGCAACUGAGGCUUCACUAGUGCUGCUUGCAGGAGACGUGACAUAAAGGAUCUUUAAUACUAUUAGUAAGUCACUCCUGUAGUAUAGUAAACUUUUUUCCUAGAGACAGGGUUGAGUACAAUAAAUUUUCCUCCUUAUCCUGUUUUUUUUUUUUCCCUCUCUAACCUCAUUGUUUCAUACAUACACAUACUUUGCAAACUACCUACUGCUUUGGUCUUUGAUUUUUCUGCAAAUCCAUACCACAGCUUUGGUGCUGUUUCAAUAAUUGACUGCCUUCACAAAAAUGGGUGCAUUUCCCAUUGAAAUCCACAGGCUCUCUGGCAUACCUUCAAAAUGAAACAUGACCUGGAUCGGCACAAUUUCCUUUUUCCUUUUGUUCUUUUUUUCAGUGCGACUUAAACGUUACUUAGCAAAUACAUGAUACCCUUACCGAGUCCCCAGAGUGGAAAUUACAUCACUACGAUGAGAACAUACUAAAACACGUAUGAAAUAUUUAGAACCGAAGAUGUCUGCUUUUAAGUCCUGUUUUCAUUUUACUCAUUCCUCGUGUGGUCAGAAGUAGCGUAGAUUGUUGAAACAGAAGACUCGCCUCUUUUGUCUGUCACUGCUCAGAACGUCUGUUUAUUUGUGUUUUCCUUUCUGCUUCUUGUUCUUCAUUAGUUUGUUGUGGCGCUUGGAUUCUUCGCGUAGAUCAUAAAUCAUGAUCGAAUGAUUUUCUUUGUAUGAGAUUCUGUUGGGAGGGGGCAGUUUAUUUUCAUCUCUCUCCUCUUUAGUGAACCAUUUGUUUCAAGGAACCAGCGCUCCGUUCUCAUGAUGUGAACUGAGAGCAGCUCACGUAUUAUCUGCAGUAAGACCACCGCCAGCAACAAAAACGUCAGUACGUUCAAAAGGCAAACAACACCUACCGUCUUUGUUGUUGUAAAGGAAGAUUAAGCAUUUAACUAGCUGCUGCUUGGCUCUACGUGGCUCACAAAAUCAGCAUGUGAGAAGCAAGCCUAGCUUUGGUACUCUUACUCUGAGUCAUUUUUCUUUGAAGUUGAGACUUAACUGCUUUUGCUGUGUGAAACGUGUAUCAUUAGCACGCUAAUCAGAAUACAAACAGCUCGCAAAGGGGAUAAUGAGGGAGAACUUGUGUGUAAUACUUGUUUUACAUCCACGUGACUCUGUAGAAAAAUGUUUUGUUUCGCUGAGCUGUCCUUAAUUUGAGGUUUCUUGCUUAAUGAGACUUCAAACAAAUUCUGCAUUGUGGGUUUCAGGUUUUCAUCCCAGAGAGAGGCUUGGGAUUUCAGGGGGAGGGGGAUGGCUUGAAAAACCUGAACAAACAUUAAGUGAGCACGCCUCUUGAGGAAAGACAGAUAAGGCAGCCUUCCUGGAUGUGACAGCCUAGAACUUCCAGCUGAAAUAUACCGCAGACUGAAAACAUGCACUGCAAUUUGUGUUUCUUAAGCCCUCUUGAGUGGAAGUUAAAUCUAAUGAGAAAUGUGUUCGUAAUAGUCUGAUAGCUUUUCUGAUAUUUUCUACAAGUUGAAAUGUUUCUGACUUGGAUUUUCUUUUGAGGGCUGCGAACACACAUGUCCUGCUACACACUGCUGCUUGGGAGCAUGUAAAAUGCUAAGGGUUUAAAUCAAAUUGCCCCGAGGAAUGGUUACUGACCUUUUGAAUGCAAAGCUGUCAAAAUCUUCAGCUAGACAUCGGUUAGAGAAGAACACUUAUGGCAGAUCAAUGCAAAUUAGAAAACAAUGUGGUUCUGACUUUUGGUAAUUCCUAGUUAGUAAGAAACAGCUCCUGUGCUCCAGCAGCUGCUGGAAACAAACCCAGUGUGCUUAGGAGUUGCCAUGAAUAACAUGUAAUAGGUGGUUUUGUUGUUGGUUGGUUUUUUCUUUUUUUUCUUUUUUUCUUUUUUUUUCAGGGAAAGGCUUUUAUAAUCUACUUAAGAAAUUAAAAGUUGUCAUUAAUUACCAGAUCCUGAUACAGUUAUCUAAGCAGGACGCUUCACUGACUUCAAAGGGAUUUUUGUCUGCUUAAGGAAUGCAGGGUCAGGCCCUUAACCAGUGAUAACUUUCUUCAGUGGGUUGUCAGAUAUGACGAACUAUGCCACUUUAAUGGAGGUUACCCUCACCGUGCCAUGCCAUCCCUUUGUCCUGAAAACCGGCUUUCUUCACUUGCUCAGAAUUGGACCAAAAAGAACCCAUCAGGAAACUGUUCAUUCAUAUGUUGAAUUUCAGACCAAUAAUUACGAGCAUCUUCUUGUGUGAGCAGUGUAAUUGUUUCCUGAUUGCAAACAUAGAGAGGGAAAAAAGACUAAUGAUUUGCGUGUUUCCUGUUGUAACAGCGGAGUGAAGGAAGGCUCCCUGGAGAGAAAGUUCAUUAGCAUCCCAAGGGCUCAGCCCAAGGUGUGUUUGCCCAUCUGCUCCGGGAAGGAGUGAAUCUCCUUUGAGAAGGCAGCUGAGAUGGUAACUGUACGUGAGUUUGGAAUGAAGCAAGAAACUACUAAGUGACCAAAUGUGCCGAAAGCAAACAUUUGUAUGGUUUCUGACCUGAAAUGAAAGCUGAGCUGAACUGCUCAGUGCAAAACUGACCAUGGUAAUAGUGGACUUCUAUCUGGUUCAAACUGCAAGCAAUGUAAAUGAUUUAAAACCAUAAAGAAACUUGCUCCAACCUGAAAGGAAAUAACAUUUUCCACCCUUAGCCUGGAUCUGUGCCUUGUUGUGGCUGCAGAGAUCUUGAAAAUAUGGAGUUCACCAAGGGAAAACCCAUUUCCAGGAAAUACAUAAACUGUGCUCCUCAGGGCUGAGGCUGAGGGUGAAGUGCAGCAUAAGGUAAGUCAGGUUAUCCACAAGCUGCACACUGUUAUUCCAACUGCUGGGAGCACUUUAAAGAGAUCUCUUACUACUGGCCCAGGUCUGGAAGUAUUGAGGAGGUCACUGCUGAAUUACUGCAAGGUAUUAUUGCUUUGAAAGAUGUGUGCAUCUCACAGACUCAAAAAUCGGAGGGAGAGCAUAUAUGGACUUGGAAAGAACCACAGAAUUAGGAAAGUUUUUCAAAAUUUCUCAUAUGCCAAAAAUAAAGAUUGAGACAAGUGAAAAAUUCUGCAUGAUGAAAGGAGAAAAACUGCUGCCCUGGAGCAAAGCAGGCAUGGAUUUGUUUGUGUUGGCUGGCAUUAUCUCCUACCCUCCGGACUGUCAUUGUGCCUUUCUCAAGAUAACAAUUCUGCGAGGCUGUUAGCCAAGGAGAUAAUUAUGUUUAUUGGCUCCAUACUUACUAACGUGGGGCAUUUGACAAAGUUAUGGCUGGCAGUGCCUUUAAACUGUGGCUCAGUGGGUUUAUCAGCCAGUGGCGAAAUAUGAAUUUAGAUAUGUUAUCUCAAGUCUGCACCAUCUUUAAGGCAAUUAAUUACUGGAAAAUGUGCUAAGAUAAAAACAUCUGACAAAUGAGGGAGGGAGAGUUUGUGCUGAUCUGGUUACAGCAUUGCUUUAUUCUAGUAUGGAAUUUAUCUGGUUUGCUCAAGAGAAAUAUGAAAAUGGAAAUAUUGGUGUUGCUUGCAGCUGCCCAGACACGGGCACAACGAGCGCUCUGAAGGGACGCACUAUUCUUCGCUGAUCCACUUAAAACAAAUGCUGCAUUUGAUCUCAUGAACCUCCUGCUGGCACAGCACAGUCCAGGGAGGCAGCAAAGCAGUGUCAGCGCAGCAGCAGGACACGGCAGAGAGCACAGGCAGAGCAGUGAAUGCGAACCACCAUGAGUGGGGCUCUCCCUCUGCUCCCUUCCAGAAAGCAUAUUUGCCCCAUUGCCCACUGCGACCACUGCCUGCCCUGACAAGAGCUGGCGGCUGGGCCGAGGUGUCCCUCCACAACAGAGUGGGACCAUGCUCUGAGCUGGGAGAACUGUGCUGCAGUGAUUCUUUUGCCUCAAACUAUGAUGCUAAGUGCCCAUGGCACUCUAUUUCUUUGUAUUCCCUUCAGAUCGGUAUCUGCUGGAGGGUCCCACUCAGCCCCGGUGCGAGCGGUGCCCCCAGGCCUGGCCUAAAAGUCUUCCACGGGGCCCUGACCCCCUGCCUGGGGGCACUGCUCUGCUGCUGGGGAAGGACGUGCAGGGGUGAUCGCUGGAAGCAAUACAUCACCUCGGAACAGAUCAGAACCGCGUCUCAGAUUACAUCUGCUGUAAUGGGAAAUCCAUACGGAAAACGAAGCCCGCUGAUAAAUAUUUGUGCAGUGCUGAGCACAGCAGCGGUGCAGCAGCAGAGUGAGGUGCCCUGCAGAUGCUGGGAGGGCGACUGUGGACCUGCAGACCUCAAACUUCCCCAUCGGUGUGUUUGUUUUCCAGCAAAUCUUGAAUUCAAGUUGAGUAGGAGAAAGUACAAGUAAUGGAACGGGCUGCAGACAGUUCAUGCUUUCCUGGGAGUGGAUAAAGUAACACACGGAGGAACUUUCAAAGGACCGGGCUGAGUGGGUCCUGAUGCUGUAUCUGCUCCUAUUUGGACACCAAAAUGAUGGAUGUGCCAUUCUGCUGUGCGAAGAGUGUGGUGCUUUAGCGAGCUGUUUUUUGUGAGAGAGCCUCAAGAUGUGACUGCCUCCAGGAAGGAUGCGGUGGUGUUAGACUGCCAGGCCCGUGGGGAAGCUCCUAUAACUAUCACGUGGCUGAAAAAUGGAGGCAAAGUGUCUGAAAAUGAAAGGAUCUACACCUUAUCCAAUGGCUCUUUGUACAUCAGUGAGGUGGAAGGAAGGAAAGGAGAGCAGUCUGAUGAAGGAUUUUACCAGUGCUUGGCUCUGAACAAGUACGGAGCCAUUCUCAGUCAAAAAAGUCACCUUACGCUAGCAACCAUUUCUGCUUUUGAAGUUCAGCCACUUUCAACUGAGGUUCAAGAAGGUGGAGUAGCUCGAUUUACCUGUAAAAUAGCAGCAAACCCUCCUGCUGUUGUGACAUGGGAAGUGAAUCGAACAACUUUGCCUUUAUCUAUGGACAGGAUAACUGCUCUACCUACAGGAGUUCUUCAGAUCUAUGGUGUUGAACAGAAGGAUGCAGGAAAUUACCGAUGUGUUGCCACAACGAUAACCAGUAGACGUAAGAGUGCUGAAGCAACGCUGAAUGUUAUUCCAGCUUCAGACUUAAAGCCUUUUCACAAACCAGCUAUAAUAGCAGGUCCUCAAAACGUUACAGCAUCUCUUCAUCAAACUGUCAUACUGGAGUGUGUAGCCACAGGGAAUCCAAAGCCAAUCAUCUCAUGGAGCCGGUUAGACCAUAAGUCCAUUGAUGUCUUCAAUACCCGUGUCCUUGGAAAUGGGAACCUCAUGAUCUCUGAUGUGAAGGUGCAGCAUGCAGGCGUAUAUGUCUGUCGAGCCACUAUUCCAGGCACACGAAACUUCACAGUAGCAAUGGCAACUCUCACUGUGCUGGCUCCUCCUUCAUUUGUGGAAUGGCCGGAGAGUUUAACAAGGCCUAGAGCUGGUACUGCUCGUUUUGCCUGUCAGGCAGAAGGAAUUCCUGCCCCCAAAAUUUCAUGGUUGAAAAAUGGAAGGAGAAUACACUCCAAUGGCAGAAUUAAAAUGUACAACAGUAAAUUGGUGAUUAACCAGAUCAUUCCUGAAGAUGAUGCCAUUUAUCAGUGCAUGGCUGAGAAUAGUCAGGGAUCUGUACUCUCCAGGGCCAGGCUUACUGUAGUUAUGUCGGAAGAUAGACCCAGCGCACCUUAUAACGUCCAUGCUGAAACGAUGUCAAGCUCAGCGAUCCUGCUAGCAUGGGAGAGGCCACUCUAUAAUUCAGACAAAGUGAUUGCAUACUCCGUGCAUUACAUGAAAGCAGAAGGUUUAAAUAAUGAAGAGUACCAAGUGGUCAUCGGAAAUGAUACAACUCAUUACAUUAUUGAUGACUUGGAACCAGCCAGCAACUAUACCUUCUAUAUUGUAGCUUACAUGCCUCUGGGAGCCAGUCAGAUGUCAGAUCAUGUGACUCAGCACACCCUUGAGGAUGUUCCCUUGAGAGCUCCUGAAAUUAGUUUGACAAGCCGGAGUCCUACAGAUAUUCUUAUCUCUUGGUUGCCAAUUCCUGCAAAAUACAGGAGAGGCCAGGUGGUGCUGUAUCGUCUGUCUUUCCGCCUCAGCACAGAUAGCAAAAUCCAAGUCUUGGAGCUUCCAGGAACUUCAGAUGAGUACCUCCUUGAAGGGCUGCGGCCUGACAGUGUCUACUUGGUUCGUAUUACUGCUGCAACAAGGAUUGGCUGGGGAGAGGCAUCUUUGUGGACCUCCCACCGAACUCCAAAAGCAACAAGUGUGAAAGCACCGAAGUCUCCUGAGCUGCGUUUGGAACCAAUAAAUUGUACGACUAUUACAGUACAGUGGCAGCAGGACUCUGAUGACACUGCAGCUAUUCAAGGGUACAAGUUGUAUUACAAAGAAGAAGGCCAGCAGGAAAAUGGACCAAUUUUGUUGGAUGCCAGUGAUCUUGAGUAUACUGUCAGUGGUUUAGAUCCUAGAAGAAAGUAUCAUGUAAGGCUGCUGGCAUAUAACAAUAUGGAAGAAGGUUAUCAAGCAGACCAAACAGUCAGCACUCCAGGAUGUGUCUCUGUCCGUGAUCGCAUGGUGCCACCACCACCACCCCCUCACCAUCUCUAUGCUAAAGCUAACACUUCAUCUUCUAUCUACCUUCACUGGGGAAAGCCUGCCUUUACAUCUGCACAGGUCAUUAAUUACACAAUCCGCUGCAACCCAGUAGGACUGCAGAAUGCAUCUCUGGUUCUGUACCUUCAAACGUCAGAGACUCACAUGUUAGUCCAGGGUCUUGAACCAAAAACCAUGUAUGAAUUUGCAGUUCGGUUGCAUGUGGACCAGCUCUCUAGUCCCUGGAGUCCAGUAGUCUAUCAUACUACCCUUCCAGAAGCACCAUCUGGCCCUCCAGUAGGAGUGAAGGUGACUUUGAUAGAAGAUGAUACUGCUUUGGUUUCCUGGAAGCCACCUGAUGGUCCUGAAACAGUUGUUACACGAUACACUAUACUAUAUGCAUCCAGGAAGUCUUGGAUUGCUGGGGAAUGGCAAGUGUUGCACAGAGAAGGAGCAAUGACUAUGGCUUUGCUGGAAAAUCUUGUAGCAGGAAACGUCUACUUGGUCAAAAUAGCAGCCUCCAAUGAAGUGGGAGAAGGACCCUUCUCAAACGUGGUGGAACUUGCUGUCCUGCCAAAGGAGACAUCAGAGUCUAAUCAGAGGCCUAAACGCUUGGAUUCAGGAGAUUCCACAGCUUAUUCUGACUAUUACCAUCUGGACCAAAAAUCAAUGACUGGCAUUGUUGUUGGGGUUUGCAUAGCCUUGACCUGCAUCCUUAUCUGCAUCCUGAUCUUAAUUUAUCGCAGUAAAGCCAGGAAAACAUCUGCUCCUAAACCUGUGCAGCAAAGCACUGACCAGCUGUCACAUACCAACAUCUCAUUAGCCAGUGCUAAUGAGGUGGAGAAGAGCAUUGAUGGAAUCGCAGAGAAUGCAGAAUCCUUAUUGCCAAUGAUAGUGGGAAACAGCUUCAUUGAUGCUAAGGGGGGAUCCGAUCUUAUUAUUAACAGCUAUGGGCCUGUCACAAAGGCCAACUGCAAGAAGAGGUGGCUGUUCUUCCAGGAUACUAAGAAGAUGAAGACUGAGGAGCCUCAGAGAAGAUUUGUCCAAGCAGUGUGUCUUUAUCAGCCAGGUACCACUGUGCUGAUAAGUGAGGAUGAUUCCCCCAGCUCUCCUGGCCAACAGUCUAACUUCCAGGUGCCGUUCAGUAUUGCUGCUGAUACAGAGCAUUCAGCCAACAGUGAGGGAAGUCAUGAGACUGGUGACUCUGGAAGAUUUUCACAUGAGUCCAAUGAUGAGCUACACCUCUCCUCUGUAACAAGUGCCACUCCUUGUGCUACCAGUCAUUUUGUAAGCAGUGACUUGGGUAAGAAUGUGAUGAAUUCUACCAUAAGUGACAGCAAAGAAUCUCCGCUGCUGUUUGCUACUGACCAGCCUGCUACCUCACCUCUUCAGAUACACUCUGCAGUGCAAAACUGACACCCUUAGGACCACAUCAUACAUUCUUACAGUGUAUGUCUGUUCGAAGGACAAUGAACAGGGAGCCAAAGUUAUAUUGUGGAAAGCUUGACUAACUCAACAGGUGAUCCCAUAUUUCUGUUGAAUGGGUUUUGUUUUUUUGUUUGUUUAACUCAUUCAUUUUGAAUGUUCGAUGGUCAACAAAUGUGAAAGGACAGAGAAGAUUUCUGACUAGAGUUGAAAAUAUGUCACUGGAGCAAAGGGAAGUCUUUUGGCUCUUUUGCUGACUAUCUACCUCAGUUUGCCGAGAGGUGAACUCUGAAAGACAACUGCUUUACCUCGUUUGUGUUCUAUUUGGUCUCAGCUAUGGAACUGAUGAUACUUCCUAGUAGUGUUUUAGGUUUCUUUUUUUUUUCCCCAGUUGCGUAUAGAAUGCGUGUGUUUGUGUGUGUGUGUAUGCUCAGUAAUCAGGGAGUUGUAUAGGUAGAUGAACAAGAUUGUUUAGCUGAAGCUCUGUCUUUAAAAAGAAGGAUAUCUCAGAAUAGAAAAUGUAAUGUUUUAAUGUGGCGGAUCUAAACAGUGUUCAAAAAUGCAGAAACUGGAGUUGGUGCUUCCAUUUGUACAGCCACAUGGAAUCUUUUGUACCUCUUGAUUUCUCAUAGCUCCAGGAAGCCUAGGACAGUGCCUUUCCCCAGAAACUUGUGCCAACGACUGCUGACAGGAUGUAUCCUUACAGCACUAGGGCACAUUGAGUUCCCCACGGUGACAAAUACUGUCAAUUUAUUGACAAUUAAUGCUAAAAAGCAUGGCAAAAUGAAGAAGUAUUCAGUAUGUCCAAGCAGUAUGACUCUGCCUAAGAGAUAUGGAAUAGAUGAUAAUGCUGAGUACUCUGGUGUUGCAGUACUUCUUAGCAAUGGUGCCUUGCAUUAUAUAUAAUGAAAUUACUGAUUUGCCUUAUCCCUUUUUAGUAUUUAUAAAAUUGCUUUGGAUUUUGGAAAGAUGCCUUAAAUGCUUCUUAGAUGUAAACUGCAUUAUCAGCUCAUAGUUUGCUUUUUACCCAGCUUUGAAUGCUGAUAAGCACUGCUAGCAUCAUGGUAUGUCUCAGAACUGUUUUUGGGAUGCAACCCUGCUCCUCGCCUUUGCCUAGUAUGCUGUUAGACAGGAAUUUUAGCUCAGGGAGUGACAUAAGCCCAUCUAAAACUCUACUAUGAGAAAUAAGAAGCCAGAGCUUUAGUUGAAGAGUCUGUUGAAGGACACAAGUAGUGCUAUUGCCUUGAACCCAUACAAUUCCUGUUUUAUACUACCUCUUUUAAAAGUUAUUCUAGUGUGUUGUGGUGCUUGUUUUUUUGUUCAUUUGUUUGUUUUUCCUGUACUCAGGGAACAGUUUGUUACUUUGAGCUGCCUCAUGAAAAUGUGGAGCAAACUGACAGGGUAUCAUGUUUUAUUUCUUAAUGGGGGUGGGAGGAGGAGAGAGAGAGAGAAAGAGAGGAGGUUGGAUUCAUCCAAUGUUAUAAACUUGCCUAUAUAACUAUCCAGUCCUCUUCUCUGCUUUCCUCAUUUUACUUAAAAAAAAAAAAAAAAAAAGAAAAAAGAAAAAAAAAAGUUUAAAAUGUAAUAUUGUGAGAAAGCAACCAUGGGAGCUCCUGGCUCUAUUCAAGUCUGGUGGAACUCCUCUGACUUUAAGGUAGGCCCGGCUGACUUUUGUAUUGUUCUAUAUGUAUCAAAAGGUGGUCAGAAAGUUAUCAGUAAGCCCUGCUGUUCUAUACAUUUUAUUCUCACAGAUCAUCCUGUAGUUACUGUAGUUCUUAAGCUUGUAACUGUUCGCUAGUUCAGAAUCAGAAAAGUACCUAUUCAUCUUUUCAUAACUGUGUUGACUUAAAGGCUUUUAAAAUAAUCUUGUACCAAAGAAUUUUCCGUAGAAGAAAAGGAAGCUGCAUAUUUUCCUAUAAUAGUUGAACUAGUUAAAAGCUAUAGGUUUGGAGAGCUGAGUACAUUUUAUUGUAUAAGUAGUUACUAACAAGAAAAAACCCAACAGUAGGGCUUCUACUGAUUGUAACAGUUGGUUGCAUAGACGAGUUGUAUGCUUCUACAGUUUUAACUACCUUGUUGUUACAAGAGCCUUUAAAGAAAAUUAUAAUAAUACCAGCAGAUAUCUCCAAAGACUUCCAAGUGUAAUUUUUUUCUUCAGCAUGUAGUUGAUCAACAGUACAGUAUUAAAAAAAAAAAAAAAAAAUCGAACAGUUUUUUCUACUUGCUGAAGAAAAAGAAAACGUUUUCACCAAAGAUUUAUUUUUUAUCUCAUCAGGCAGAAUGUUUAGUGUAGAGCAGAGUACUGUUUCUAGUUAGGUAAAGUGUGGAUUAACUGAAACUAGAUUAAGAAUGUGUAAUUGUAGCAUGAAGUUUCACACUUCAUCUUUCAGAGUAGCCUCUUUUGUUAGUUGCAUUCAGAAAGAGCUGAUAUGCAGAUGGUAACUAUUUGCUUCUCCAAAGACUUGUUUGCUGUAAGUACUGAUAAUCUGUUGUAAUUUUAUAACCUUCAUUACAGGCAAAUACUUUAAAUUCUAAGCUUUUUCAUCCAAAAACUCGUUCUGUAGUUUAAUGCAUGGAGAAUUUGAGAGGAAUAGACUUCAUAUAAAAUUUGCCAGUCUAAUAUAAAAGUCAGCAGCCAAAGAGAUCAAAAUAUUUGAUUUACUGGAGUAGAAUGCAUCCAGAAUUCUGAUAAACUUUAUUGUGUUGUUUGUUUUUUUACUUAAGGUACUUUUUAUCAGCAAAUAAAGAAAACCAAAGAUAUUUAAGGUUACCUCAGCAUAUAGGCAAGCUUAGUUAGACAUUAAUUAUUCUUUUACUUUAUUUUUAUGUUAACCAAAUAUAAGAAAUUUCUCCAGAACUCAGCCUACAUUCAUAUACUGUGUCACAUUUAUUAAGAAUUUACAAAUUUACUACAGAACAAAAAAAUACAGUCUUCUCCAAAUUCAGGUUCUAUCAUUAAUCACAACAUUUUGCAGGAGAAUAGUUGUCUCGGUGUGAAGCACAGAGAACUCUAGAAAAACUGCAUAGAAAUUUAUACUUUCUCUACUGAACUGAGUAGCAGUUCUUUGUGAUUGUAACAGUGCAAAGUCAGCCUCAGCAUUUAAAUGCUCUGUGUUUUUGAAGCCAGAGUCUGCAAAUAUAGACAUCAAUUUGCUUAAAAGUUUAUACUCGUUACGGUCUGAGGAAAUCAGUUUUUCAUAGAUUUAUUAAUUCCAUUUACCUAGAAAGAGCUGGCAGAACAGAGCAGACAAAACAAGUUACAGUUUUUCCAGUAUUUUUUCUUGCUUAUGUCUGUAGAAACUGAGUUCUGGAGAAAACACUAUCAUUUUUUAAUUAUGAAUUAAGUAUGUUCUGGAAGAUGAACAUAAAUGUGGAAUUUAGUGUUACACUGUGUGAACUGAUUUUGUUGAAGCGUAUUAAGAAGUAAAGAGCCAUGGCUGGUGUAAUGAGUGUAUAUGCAACCUUUGUACUUUACAAACAAAUGAAAGAUGUUACGGUUGAUGUGGCUUGAAAAGUGUCAAAAACAUGCAGAGAAAAUCUUGACAGUGGUUUACCAUGCUGUGUUUUCAAGUGAGGACAGUGAUUGCCCUUCUGUUGUUACAGCAGUGCCUGCUCUGCAGGACCGGGAUCCAAACCUAAAUGCUGCAGCUGCCCACAGUUACACUUGUGUACUUUCUUCAUGCUAUACAAAGAACUUGCUAUCUAGGAAAACUGGGAAUGUGUAUGUUGUGCACAUUUUGGCCUGUAAGUAGGAUUUUUUCUUAAAGCUCUGCUUUUGUAAGAGAAACUUGAAAAAUUUACAUAUCAUUUUAAUAAUUUCUUAUAUUAGCUGUGCAUUUUCAGUGUAAUUGGACUUUAACAGAAAGGAGUUUUGAGAAAUUUCUGUACUUGUUUUUAAUUAGAUUUAAUACUUCCUUCCAUCUUUAAUUUUAUUCCCUUGCUGUAGAGUAUGAGCUUAUCCACAUGCGGGUCCUUACCCUCUAUCUUUUUAGGACAGUGGGAGAAUUAAAUUUGAUUUCAGUAUGUAUGACAAACAAAAAAAGCUCCUUUUUUUUUUUUUUUCUUAAGAUCUUCACAGUGCUAUUAUAAAUAUUUUUAAAGGAAGGAAUUCUUACUCUAUUAAAACUCCUAUUGGCUUUUUUUUUUUUUGAUAGGACAGCAAGUUACCAGAUGCCAGUGGCCCAGGGUAGCUCUCCAUACGUGCAGUGUUAGCCUUUAAUAAAGAGUGAGUACUUUGAGUCAACUUAACUCUUAAAUUGCAAGCUAAGCCAACUUCAAAGACUGCAUUUGCUGCAACCUGAGCAUACACAAGAAUAGUUAGCACAGAUCACUGAGUCUUAGUAACAUGUUAAUCUGAGCAAAAAUCAAAGCUGUGAGACCAGAGCUCUCACUCAUUUUGUUACCAAAUGAAGUUCAGGCAGGGAAAAGUCCAUCUCCUAGCAUGGGGAACACUGUUUGGUUCUGUAGGGUACUCCAUGUUUAGCACCAAAUGAGAAGAGCUGUACAAGUGUAACUUUGGCAGUAUUCCAGACAAACCAAUUUACUGAGUGUUCAAACUGAAAGCUGAACUGCAUCUAACAAUUGUUAAAAGACAGACAUAGUUCUUAGCCUGAACAAUUGUUACAUGCUUCUUAGUUGCUGAAAAUGCAGCUUUGCUAAUAUCAGAUAAUUUUUAAAGCAGAGGAAUUUGUCUGCAGGAAAUAUUGAGCGCCUUUCUCUAAAAACAAGUUAAAACUAUACUAUUUUUGUAACUGUUUCUUUUGGAACCUGUGUUUACAAAAAAAAUUUUCCUUCAAAAUGAGUCCGAAAUGAAGUUGCAUGUUAAUAGAAGCCCAUCUGAAAGGUACACAAAUUCAGUUUGGCUCAAAUUCUGCUCUCAGUUCUCUGCACUGCAGAGUAGGUUUAUUUCUUUGGGACUUCUCUAGUUUUACGCCAAGACUGGUCCUAAAUUGUUCAAAAGGGGUAUAAACACGUGGUUAAAAUUCUGCCGUGUUGGAAGACUCCAAGCUGAGUUCCUGGAGAUUUUUAACUUUCCAUGGUUACAUAUACCUACAUUGCAUCUGUCUGGUUUGUUUUCAGUAAGGACUGGCUGUAUGUGAAAAACAUAUACAAAAUAUUGCUUUUUGGUUGUUUGGCUUCUUUGUUGUUGUUGUGUUUUUGUGUUUGGUUUUCGUUUUUGUUUUGUUUUUUUUUUUCAUCCAUUUGUAAUGAAUUGCCAGUGUAGGAGCCAGGUAUGUAUUUCAUACUGUGGUGUUCUGGAUCCUUUCACUCCGUGUGCCAUUUUCUUCUAAGGGCAGCAAUGGCUAACUGGCUAAUGGAGGAUGGAGCUGAAUUGUAUUAAUUUUAUAUUUGUCUCAGGGGAUCAGCUCCAUGAAUUCCAUUGCAUGAGGGAAGCUAAUGUUUGCCCUGAUUUGAAUGUAACUUUUUAAUAUCUUUAAGAAAUAUAUUUUGUUUAAUAAUGUGGAUUUUUCUUUUUCUAGCAUUCUAGUAAAUGUUACCUAGUGUGUUGUUUCUUUUUUCCUCUUCAGGGUUGUUUAUAUAUUACCCCAAGGUCAUGCCAAAAAUUAAUAGAAGUUUAAAUGCCAAAUGUUUAUGAAACUGCUGUCUAAAUACUGAUCGAUUGCACAGUUGAAAUAAAAGUUUUCCUUAGUAAAAUGGUACUUGAAAAA